UCAACACAGCUGUCAUACAAAUAGCCGAUCUAGUUUUUGGGCUUUGCAUACCCCUUUACACACCAGAUUAAAACCCUACAGUCACAUUUACAUACAUACAUACAUACACACAUCACCUAUACAUACACUACACCUUACUUGAUGCUCCUCCUCCUGCUGAUGAGGUAAACCAUACCAAAAAGGGCUUCUUGAGGUUUCCAUUUUAGCUCUCAAAUUUCACAAACAAACAACACCCAGAUUCAAAAAAACAAUGGAACAAGGAGUGAAAGGGGGAGAUGAUGAAGUUCAAGGCUCAAGUUUGACCAUGGAGAAAGUGGCUGCUGCUAAACAAUUCAUAGAGAAUCACUACAAGACCCAGAUGAAGAACAUUCAAGAACGCAAAGAAAGGCGAUGGGUUUUGGAGAGGAAGUUGGCUUCUUCGGAUGUGCCGAAAGAGGAACAGAUUAAUCUGAUUAAGGAUUUAGAGAGAAAGGAAACCGAGUUUAUGCGACUUAAACGGAACAAAAUAUGCGUUGACGAUUUCGAACUGUUGACCAUCAUUGGAAGAGGCGCCUUUGGAGAGGUACGACUAUGCCGGGAGAAGAAAUCUGGCAAUAUUUAUGCAAUGAAGAAACUAAAGAAAUCAGAAAUGCUUGUUAGAGGACAGGUGGAACAUGUUAGGGCUGAGAGAAACUUGCUUGCAGAAGUGGCAAGCCACUGCAUAGUGAAACUAUACUACUCGUUUCAAGACACCGAGUAUUUGUACCUCAUUAUGGAAUACCUACCCGGUGGUGACAUGAUGACGUUACUAAUGAGAGAAGACACAUUGAAAGAAGACGUUGCUAAGUUUUAUAUAGCUCAAAGUGUUUUGGCUAUCGAGUCCAUUCACAAACAUAACUACAUUCACAGAGACAUAAAACCGGACAACCUUCUACUGGACAAAAACGGUCACAUGAAGCUUUCGGAUUUUGGCCUGUGCAAGCCACUUGAUUGUAGAACGUUAUCUACGUUAAACGAAAACGAAGCCAUGGUUGAUGAAAAUAUACGAGAACCGAUGGACAUUGAUGGCUUUCCCGAUGCUGAAAACGGACAUAGAUGGAAAAGUGCCCAUGAACAGCUUCAGCAUUGGCAGAUGAAUAGGAGAAAACUGGCGUUUUCAACGGUGGGCACACCGGAUUAUAUUGCUCCUGAAGUGCUGUUGAAGAAAGGAUACGGAAUGGAGUGUGACUGGUGGUCUUUAGGUGCAAUAAUGUAUGAAAUGCUUGUUGGAUAUCCUCCGUUUUACGCAGAUGAUCCAAUAACCACAUGCAGGAAGAUUGUUCAUUGGAAGAAUCAUCUUAGAUUUCCAGAAGACACAAUGUUGUCACCAGAAGCAAAGGAUCUCAUUUACAGGUUGCUUUGUGAUGUUGAACAUAGGCUCGGUACAUGCGGGCCUGACCAAAUAAAGGCACACCCGUGGUUCAAGGAUGUCGUGUGGGAUAAAUUAUAUGAAAUGGAAGCAGCUUUCAAACCCGAAGUCAACGGGGAACUAGACACCCAAAAUUUCAUGAAGUUUGACGAGUUGAACCCUCCAACUUCAGGAAGAACUGGUUCAGGACCCUCACGAAAGCAGCAGUUGAAUCCUAAGGACUUGAAUUUUGUGGGCUAUACGUACAAGAACUUUGAUGCUGUAAAGGCACUGCGUGAUAAUCCUGAUCUCAUGCGGAGUGCAUCCAGUGAUUCCUUAUAUGCAGGUGAGCUGAAGAUGGAAUACACAGCAAAAGCAGCAAACAAAGAAAGCGACAUACCGAUGCUGACAGCAGUUGACGACUCAAUGCUGCCGUAAUUAGCUAAUGGGAUUAGCGGCAUAACUUGUUUAUUACAAUCAAGUUGUUGCCCAUGAAAGUGAACUCCUACAGCUACUCUACAUUUGCCAUUAGCCCCUUUCCUUGAACUAAAUUCUACCAAAUCAAGAUUUGAGGGCAGUAUUGACCACUUACAUUAGGUCAGUCUGGAUUUGGUAAAAAGAACUCUGGAAAAAAAAAAAAACAUUAUAAUAUAAAGUGUACAGUAGUGUAUAAAAAAGCCCAAGUGAGGGGUGAAAUGAAACUAGCAAGCAUCUGAGAACUAGGGCUGUGUGUUAUGUUUUGCCCAGGUUGGCAAGUCAAGAACUUGUCUUCUCUUGUGGCAGUUUCUAGAUUUUUCUGGAUAUUUCUGACUAUUAUUAUUAUCUUUAUUAUUAUUGUGUGAGCUUUUGGCAGGAGAUGGUCUUUGGUAGUUGCUA